AUAUGCAUACAUAAAACCAACAAUAUCUAUCCCUGCCCUCCCUGCUAUUCUCAACACCUACGCUCCACAUCAGGUCAUAAACCCUCCAGGACCUCUUAUUACGUCUAUAUACUCACUCGCACUUUUCGUCCCCUCCUCCUCAUCUACCAUGAGUACUCAUAUUACUGCUACCGUCGCCCCCGGGGAGGACUACGCCGUCACACUCCCGUCCGAACCCGGCCGCGCGACGGACCCGCGGGUCGUCGACUUCGUCCGCGGCUUCUACGCCGUGUCGGACGACCCGGCGCGCGACGGCGAGUGGGUCGCGCACUUCCUGCCCGACGCCGAGCUGAUCAUCGGGGGCGCUACAGCCCGCAGCACGCAAGAGAUCCGCGAGCUCCGGCAGUCGAUGUGGGCGCAGGUUGCGGCACGCAAGCAUGCGCUGGGCAAGCUGUUCCCGGCUUCGUUCGCGGCGCCGCCGGCCCGAGCCGGCCCCGGCACCGAUAUGCUUACCCCGGACCCGGAGGGAGCGGAGUUCAUGCUCUUCGGGACGGUGGCGCGCGACUGGAGGGGAUCCGGCCGCCGCGACGAGGUGCCGUGGGCGGCGCGGGCGGUGCUGCGGGAGGCACACGAGGACGAGGGCGAGACCCAGGCGGGAAAGGGGGGAGGGGCGGGGAAGAGGUUGAAGUUCGCCUUUUAUCAGGUCUACAUGUAGCUCGCCCUUGACGCGUCCCCGGGCAGGAUUGGCGAGGGGUGGACCGGAGGAAGAGAGAGGGGUUUCUAGAACCCAUAUCUAACCAUCUACUUAUCUCUUCUGUCCCUAUCUAUACCCUCUUCUUCUCCCAAGACAUCCCCAUCCGGAUGCUGUCUUCCGCUGUGAUAUCCCACGACCGUGUCGCGCGCACUGCCGAUCUACGGACGUGCCCCUUUUCUCAUGUGGGCGUGACACUGGUAGUGGCGGUGGGCGGGCUAGCAGGUCGCAGGCCAAGGGGCCGGCGGUCUACCAAC